AUGUGUGACUAUCUAUGUAUCUAUCUAUCUCAUUCUGAUCGUAUCUAUCUAUCUAUCUAUCUAUCGUUUUCACUCCGCUCAUAUCUAUCUAUCUUUUUCACUCUGUUCAUAUCUAUCUAUCUAUCUAUCUAUCUAUCUAUCUAUCUAUCUAUCUAUCUAUCUAUCUAUCUCAGUAAGCUCAUUAUCUAUCUAUCUAUCUAUCUAUCUAUCUAUCUAUCUAUCUAUCUAUCUCAGUCUGUCCAUAUCUAUCUAUCUAUCUAUCUAUCUAUCUAUCUAUCUAUUUUGAGACAUUUUUUAUUCUGUUCAUAUCUAUCUAUCUAUCUAUCUAUCUAUCUAUCUAUCUAUCUAUCUAUCUCAGUCUGUUCAUAUCUAUCUAUCCAUCUAUCUAUCUAUCUAUCUAUCUAUCUAUCUAUCUAUCUAAGUCUGUUUUAUCUAUCUAUCUAUCUAUAUAUCUAUCUAUCUAUCUAUCUAUCUAUCUCGGUCAGUUCAUUUCUAUAUAUCUAUCCAUCCAUCUAUCUAUCUAAGUCUGUUAAUAUCUAUCUAUCUAUCUAUCUAUCUAUCUAUCUAUCUAUCUAUCUAUCUAUCUAUCUCAGUUCAUUUCUAUCUAUCUAUCUAUCUAUCUAUCUCAAUUCGGGGAGUGGUAAGGCCAGGCCAGGGUUCCGCUUACCGGCAACACUUUGGCCCACUACUCUCGAUUUCGUCGACUUCGAAGCUUAUUCUGCCUCAAUGACUGCAAAUCUUCUAUCCCGUUUCCUCGUUGAUUCGAGCUUCAUUCCGCGGCAUGAACAACACCCACCUUCCACCGACAAAGACUAG